GCGGGCAGCUGGCUCAAGUGCUGCUGAGGCGUCCAGGAGAGCCUGAGAGGAGCGAGAGGCGGAGAGGGGAUCCAUAUAGAGGCACGCAGCAGGCAGGGAAGAAGGAGCAUCGGCUGAACCCGAAAGAAAGGGGAGCUGAGAGGAGAGAAAGAGGGGUAGAGUUGAGGGACUGCGCGGGCAGUGAAAAGGAGGAGGGGCUGGGGUGAUGCGGAGGACGCCUUUAAAGCCAGGUGAACCGCGCAGAGUUGCAGGCACCUGACAAAAGGGCGCGCAAGCUUGACGAGAAACGCGGGGGCCCCGCUUAGGCACCAGCAGCGCAUCUCUGGGCGAGGAAAAGCAAGAAGGGCGCGCAGUCACGGAAAGGGCGCGAGUGGUCCAGCGAGCCGAAAGGCACGUGCUGCUGACUGCGCUGCGCACUCAACAGAAAGUGGCGAGGGAGCGAGGCUGAGCUGCCUUCGGCGUCUGUGGGCUUGGAGAGGCGCGCGUAGGGAGGAAGGCGACCCUCUUGGAAAGCCGACCCAGCCAGGGUUCACGCUCUCAGGGCUCCCCACACGAGCAGCAGCAGCAGCUCCCGAGAUUGGCUUUGGAGCGCCAGCCGCCCCGAGCAGGCUCUCGGAGAGCCGCAGCGCAACCAUGAGCGCCUGCAGAGCCAUUGGAGGCUUCCACGCGUGGGACUACGUGGUCUUCGCGGCCAUGCUGCUGGUCUCCGCGGUCAUCGGCAUUUAUUACGCCUUCGCCGGCGGCGGGCAAAAGACCUCCAAGGACUUCUUGAUGGGAGGCCGGAGCAUGACGGCUUUGCCCGUGGCGCUCUCUCUGACCGCCAGCUUCAUGUCGGCCGUGACCGUGCUGGGCACUCCGUCCGAGGUCUACCGCUUCGGGGCCAGGUUCGCCGUCUUCGCCCUCACUUACGGGUUCGUCGUGGUCCUCAGCGCAGAGGUGUUCCUGCCCGUCUUCUACCGCUUGGGUAUCACCAGCACCUACGAGUAUUUGGAACUUCGAUUUAAUAGAUAUCUGCGGCUGUGUGGGACAAUGUUCUUCAUUGUAAUGACAAUAUUGUACACAGGAAUUGUCAUUUAUGCUCCAGCCUUAGCUUUAAAUCAAGUUACAGGAUUUGACUUGUGGGGUGCAGUGGUUGCAACAGGAGUAGUCUGUACUUUCUAUUGCACUCUGGGUGGUCUAAAGGCAGUAGUUUGGACAGAUGUUUUCCAAGUUGGAAUAAUGGUAGCUGGGUUUUCAUCUGUAAUUAUACGUGCUGUGGUGGUUCAAGGUGAUAUUGGACGUAUUCUAAAUGAUUCCUAUCAUGGAGGAAGAUUAAAUUUCUGGGACUUUGAUCCUAAUCCUUUGAAAAGGCACACAUUCUGGACAAUUACUGUAGGUGGGACUUUCACCUGGCUUGGUAUAUAUGGAGUCAACCAGUCUCAAGUUCAGCGUUACAUUGCCUGCAAAACCAGAUUUCAAGCAAAACUAGCUCUUUAUAUAAAUCUUCUGGGACUAUGGGCAAUUCUUGCCUGUGCAGUGCUAUGUGGAUUAGCAAUGUAUUCCAUUUAUAAGGAUUGUGAUCCAUGGACAGCAAAAUGUGUGUCAGCACCAGAUCAGCUCAUGCCAUAUUUGGUACUGGAUAUUCUGCAACAGUUUAAAGGCAUGCCAGGCCUUUUUGUGGCUAGUGCUUACAGCGGAACAUUAAGUACAGUGUCCUCUAGCAUCAAUGCUUUAGCAGCUGUGACAGUAGAGGAUCUGAUUAAACCUUACUUCAAAUCACUCACUGAAAGGAAAUUCUCUUGGAUUUCUAAGGGGAUGAGUCUGUUUUAUGGUGGAGUGUGCAUUGCUAUGGCUGCCUUGGCAUCACUUCUAGGAGGUCUGUUACAGGCAGCUCUUAGUAUUUUUGGCAUGGUUGGUGGACCUCUUCUGGGACUAUUUUCUUUGGGCAUCCUUUGUCCCUUCGCCAAUCCUGUGGGUGCAUUUGUAGGUCUCAUUGGUGGAUUUACUGCUUCCCUUUGGGUUGGAAUUGGAGCUCAAAUAUACCAUCCACUUCCCCACAGUACUAUGCCAUUAAGUCUUACAACCAUAGGCUGCAAUACAACCAGCCCAGGAUCAGGAGGCACCUGGACUGCAGCUACAGAGCUACCAGCAUUAACAGCUUCUUUGAACAUCCAAGCUACUGAGAGACCUAUCCUUGCGGAUUAUUGGUAUUCGUUAUCCUAUCUGUACUUUAGUACCCUUGGAACAUUGGUCACAAUUUUUGUGGGAGUAAUUGUCAGCCUCCUGACAGGAGGAUUACGGCAGAAUGUAGAUCGGAAAUAUAUGCUUACCAGGGAGGAUUUCCUGUCCAACUUCUCAUUUUUGAAACCUAAGCAAGAUGAGAAAGUCAAAGUUUUGACCUGGAAGCCUUUCCCGAUGACAGAUGAAGGAAUUGACAAUCCAGCUUUCAAUCAUAUUGAAAUGAACGUCACAGACAAUAAAGAAAAAGUCAAUGGUGCUCAUAUAUGAAAAUCAAUGGUGCUCAUAUAUGAAAAUCCCCUUGGAAUCUGUGCUGAGACUGGUAGCUACUUCAGGUUUCUGUUUAUAGAGGCAGGAUAAAGUUGAUCUCAGGUGCCUAAAGCAACACCCAGAAUUCCCAUGAACAAUUUUAGUCUCCCAUCCUACCAGCAUAAUGGGCAAAAGCCACUUUUUAGCCUGGCUUUUUAAUGAUAUCUAGUUUUAAUGGUUUAAAUGUGUGUUUUUUUAAAAUUAUUUUAUUAUGUGUGUUUUAUUUUAAUGUAAACCGCCCUGGGCCACCUUAGGAAGGGCGGUAUAUAAAUUGAAUGAAAUAAUUAAUGAACAAAUAAAUAAAAGUCCUAGCUAAGAUUUACUUCAUCUUAGCUCAGAGGCAUAUACUUGAAGUAAAGAAUAAGUUGGACAAUAUGUACAGUAACUGAAAAAAGACUGCCAGUGGUGAGUAAUAUAUGGAAAAUUAUCUAUCCCUCCCUCCCAGGAAGAGUGAAAUAAGAACUAAGUUGCAAAUGUAUUUGACCUGACUUAACGUUUUGUUCUCCAGGAGCUUUUCGAAACAGCAGGCUUUACUGCAAGUUUGAAGUUGCCCCCCAAAAUGGGCACACAAAGUGGGCACACCCUUACCCCUGAUACAAAUCAGGCUAUACUCUUACAUGCAGUGAAAAAUCCGAAUUGUUUGUGAAGUGCUCCCUGGUAUCUUGCAGGGACUUCAGGAUAAAUCUGGCCAAUAUGUGAACACACUCCCUCCAUUCCAGAGGAAAUGCGAGCUAAAAGCCAGGUGUGAAAAACUUCCAAGUGGUCAUGAUUCCUCAUUCACUGGUUUGAUUUUCCAAUGAAUUAUUCCUAUUCCUAGGUAAAAAUGAAACCAGAAAGAAGCAUCUCUGAUGUAAGGGAUUAUAAUAUGGCAACAAUCAAGAUAUGUGGUCCUAUGAGAAACUGUUGUCAAAAAUACUUAUUUUUAAUCAAUUUAUUUUCAGCCUGUUGAGCUCAUGGAAAGGGAUUCCAUCUAUUACUGUGUGGUUUAGGAUUUUGUACGCUGUUAAACAAUCACAUCAAACUCCCCCAAAAUCAAAAUUCUUGCAAAAAAUCUGACAUUUUAUAAGCAAAAUAAAGUAUACACAUUUGGUGAUUUAUUAAAAAUUUUAGUUUCUUUGGCAAAGAAUACAGUUCAGUCAUUGGAAAUAAAACAUAAAACAGAAUACCAAAAAUAAUAAAAUAAACAUUCAAGAGGCAAAGAAAUUCAUACAAACGAAUCUCAUAGAAUAAUAAUAGCCCAACAAUGGCUGAUCUACAAUCUAGAGACUAUAUUAAACAAAGUAUUUUUGGCAUUGCCAAGGCAAAUGUAACCACUGCACACACAAAAACACUUUGUCGCUAUUGGCCAAGAGAAAUGGCAAUUUCUGUUAGUUGGAUCAGUCUUAUAAUCUCAUGGGAGUUUCUAUAUAAGUCUAUUCUGAAAGUUCUCAUAAAUAACACAAUGGAAUGUGUAAUGAAGAAUAUUCCCCACUGUCUUAUCUCCUCAAAUACAAUGAUGCACACUGAAAGGCAGUUUGAUAUCUUUCAUAUAUAAUGGUUGGAGACAUUUGCCAGAAUUUAAGAAAGGGUAAGCCCUUGUAAGUCAAAUUUAGAGAGUUUUAGUAGGCAAACUUUACAAUUGAUACUAAUUUUACAUAGGUAACAAGUUUUUUAGAAUGCUAUUGUGAAAAAAUUAUCCAAUCAUGUUCAAUAUAAUCCCCCAAAUUUUAAUAUUAUGUAAGAUCUGGACAUAGUUUCUAAAAUUUUAAAGACUGAUGCCACUAACCUCUGUGUAACUUUCAAAAUUUUAAUACAUCUUGUUCUCCCUAUAAUUAUUUUUGUAAAUGUCUGGACUAUGUGAGGAGACAAAAUGUUUACUUGCAUCCUCCAAGUAGGCAUGUCACAGAUCACUUGAUGCUGGUUAUAACUGGUUUUAGCUUCUGUUGCUAAUGGAGAGAAGCUAGCUGCAAGAGUCCAAAACAGAUCUUUUUCUUGUCUUAGGGAAGCUCACUAUAACUAGCUUCCAUGAAAUACCAUGUGUUCUGUCCCAUUUUAUAUGAAACUUGAACUGAAUACUGGUAGGUCAAAAUCUAAUAGAAAGACCCAGUAUGGUGAGUAGAAAAAGUGCUGGGACUUGGAAAGGGAAGAUUGGAUUUGUAUCUCUAAUCAGUCCUAAAAUUCAUUGGGCGGUCAAUUGAGUCCAGUAGACAGGCUGCUUAACUUUGUGUUAAUUUGUGGAUUAUAGUAACAGAAUUUAACUUUUCAAAAUAUGAUUUUAUUUUGUCUGUAGUGGAACCUAAAUAAUGUAUUAAAGCAUAUUUUGAUUUUUAAACUUGAUUUUGCAGUUUCAUGUCUGCAAUGAAGAUCUAGCAUUGCAUCUACAAUUUAAAGAUGAGGAUUUUGGUUGAGCAGUUGUUUUC